AUGUCGAGCGAGAAGCCCCCAGACAGCCUCCCCUCUCCCUCUCCUCCGCUUCUCGGGUCUUCCGUGAAGCAGCAGCAGCAGCAGCAGCAGCAGUGCAUCACCACCUCCUCCUCCACCUCCUCCAUCACCGGGGAAAGGAUGGUGUCUUCGGCCGGGUCUAUGGUUCUCCCGGGUGGGGUGAUGAAUCCCUCCGUGCCCAUACGGAAUAUCCAGAUGAAAUUCGCGGUUCUGGUGGGUCUCAUUGAGGUCGGAGAGGUUAGCAACAGAGACAUCGUGGAGACAGUCUUGAACCUGAGGUUGCAGGGGCUGGUGCUGCUGGAGCCGGUGGCCCAGUUACAGAGAGCUCCUCCUGGGCAAAAGCUCUUCUGUCAGCCUGCUCUACAUUUCAGUGGGCAGUAUAAUGACCCAUCCUCCUAUGCACAGUUCUGCUCCUCAUACGCUGCCCGGCCGGCAUGCAUUAGAAAGCAGGUGGAGAGGAGGAGGCGUGGGGCCGGGUGGGGGAGGAGAGACAGAGUGGUGGUGAGAUGCUGCAGUGGCUAUGUGCUCUGA